CCCAUCAAACUUGAGCCAUCUCUCAUUCCCUCUCUCUCGUUAAUAGCUCACAUGCAGACACUUACGCCUAACGCCGACAUAUUCCAUGCAAAACGCCGUCGUUUCACUUGCAACACUCACACAUCGACUUUGAUUCCGACGAAGCCGCUCUCAGUUUCUCCCGCGAGAAAAACCAACAAAGAACAUCUCAGAAACCUUGAGAACGUUCUUAGAACUUCGUCAAACUCUAUAGAUCAUAUCGAAAAUGUAACUUCUCGUCAAGAGAAGACGACGAAGAAUACAUCGACGUCAUCACUUCUCGGAGGUUUGAAUUUGGCGCGAAUAUGGCCUCAGAUGAAAGCAGCCGUCGACGAAAUGUCGCCAAAGAAUCUGAAACGGCUCCAAAGGCUUCUCUCAAAGUCAUCCGAGGAACGUUCGCCGAAGAGUAAACUCGGGUCUAAAUGGCGGGAGCUACACGGGUUAAACAACUGGGCCGGGUUGUUGGAUCCGUUAGACGAGAAUCUCCGGCGAGAGCUUGUCCGCUACGGAGAGUUUGUACAAGCGGCUUAUCACGCGUUUCACUCAGACCCGGAAGGUUCGCCGAGACACGUGGCGUUACCUGAUGGGUCAUUUAAAGUGACCAAGAGUCUUUACGCCACGUCAUCCGUUCGUUUACCUAAAUGGAUCGAUGACGUUGCACCGGAUCUCCGGUGGAUGACUAAACAGACGAGCUGGGUUGGUUACGUGGCGGUGUGUGAUGAUCCGAGAGAGAUCCGACGGAUGGGAAGGAGGGAGAUCGUCAUCGCCCUCCGUGGAACCGCCACGUUGCUCGAAUGGUCAGAGAAUUUCAGGCCCAAUCUCGUUUCAAUGCCUGAGCCCAAACCCGAUCAAUCCGACCCGACUCGACCCAAAGUGGAAUGCGGAUUUAAUAGCCUCUACACGACGGGUGACCAACACGCACCAAGCCUCGCCGAGUCUUUGGUCGGCGAAAUCAGCCGGCUCGUCGAGCUCUAUGCAGGAGAGGAGCUGAGUAUCAGCGUAACCGGCCACAGCCUCGGCGCCGCAAUCGCGCUUCUCGCCGCCGACGACAUCGCCGAGCGUGUUCCACACGCGCCUCCGGUUGCGGUGUUUUCCUUUGGUGGGCCUCGAGUCGGGAACCGUGAGUUCGCGGAUCGUUUGGAUUCGAAAGGAGUGAAAGUCCUCCGCGUGGUUAACAGCCAAGAUGUGGUCACGAAAGUCCCCGGAAUAUUCGCCGAUAACGAUAAACAGGGGCAAAGUCGUAAUAACGGGAGAAGUCCAGGGGGUAUUAUGGAAAUGGUGGAGAGGAACAAUCCAUGGGCUUACUCGCAUGUGGGAGCAGAGCUCCGUGUAGACAUGAAGAUGUCUCCGUACUUGAAACCAAACGCUGACGUGGCGUGUUGCCAUGACCUUGAGGCGUACUUGCACUUAGUCGACGGGUUUUUGGCAUCUAACUGUCCGUUUCGGGCAAACGCGAAACGGAGUUUAAGGAAACUGUUGGAUGAGCAACGGUCAAACGUCAAGGUUUUGUACACAGGAAAGUCUUUAAGACUUAACCGUACUUUUCAUGAUAACGGAGAUGUUUUGCCUAGUCCGUCGUCUUCAUGAGCUUUGAUUUAUUAAAGAAAAAAGAUUUGUUCUCUUUUAAUACUUUUUAAGUAUUUGUUUAUUUUUUCUAAUUACCAAAAAAAGUAUUUGUUUAUUUUGCUAUAAUUAUUAUUUACUUUUUCUAAGAUUAAGAUAUUCAUUAUUGGUGGGGGGAAUUAUUUAUUUAUUUGUUUGUUAUGAUUUCUUUGUCGCCAUUGGUGAUAAUAAAAGAUUAAAAAGUUGUGCAAUUUAGACUUUCGCGUUUGUUUUAGCAAAUGUGAUUUUUGCACAAAAAAUUGUAAAUAGAAUAAAAUGAAAUAAAUGUCAUUG